AUGACCAGCAUUGCCAGCUCAAGACCCAUUCUCGCCACGAAGCUCCACCAGCCAACCGCCUCCCCGUUCCGAGGUCUGCUCGACAGACUCAUGGGCCGGAAUUCCACCACCACCUCCACUCUACCUCGGAGCUUGGCUUCAGCCUCCUGCGCCGCCUCGUUGCUGUCGGGUCCAUUGCCACUGGACGAAAUUCUCGACCGCCGUCACCAACUGCAACGCGUCGUUGACGUCGUCGUGCUGGACGCCACGCGGGACAAGAAGAACGAGCUCGUCAUCACUUGGAAGCUGUCGCUACGGAGCGAGGCGCCUCGUGAACAGGUCGGCAUCUUCGUGCCGAAUAACGCGGCGGUGAAGGGACUGGAGCUAACCACGACGUUCCAUGACGUGAAGCAACUCGGACGCAUCUUGACCUUCUGCGUCGAAAACUCCGAGAAAGACUGCGCUCCAGACUGCGAGUUCUGCUCCGAGCUGCGCGGUUACCUCUGCUCGCACUGGGUGCGGGAUCCGCUCGUGAACGUCUUGAAUAUGGGCGAGACGGUGCUCCGUAAACAGGUGAUGGCGAUGCACAUGGCCACAUUGGUGGCGUUCGCGACGGGGAAGAGCACGGUGAGUCGCGUGGUGACGACCCCGAACGAAGACAAGGGCGUGCAACUUGCACCCCGACUCGCUCCUCUUGGCGGCAAGGGGGUGAUCAAGAGCGCGUCGACUUGUGCAGUACAGAACGAAGUGACGGCGGUACUGUACGACUUCUUCGACGCACUUCACGCUUGA